UUGUGAAGGUUGCAUCACUCCACGUGAAGUUGGGCUACUCGCGUCUCUUCAGCUUUUUGUUAAAUUGAACGAUUUAACUUAUAAAUAUCAACAUGCUGACGGCUGCAAAGUUGUUAACUCGAAGCUGUAGCAGUGUCACCUGCGACAUUGCUAGAAAACAACAAUUUAGCACGAUUCUUAAACAUGUUGCAGCUCCUACAUAUAUUAUACCACAGCGAUCUACAAAUCUGCAUCAGUAUCGAUACAAAUCUGAAGGAGUGAAAGGUGCAGUUAUUGGUAUUGAUCUUGGUACAACAUUUUCAUGUGUAGCUGUGAUGGAAGGAAAACAAGCUAAAGUUAUAGAAAAUGCUGAGGGUUCAAGAACUACACCAUCUUACGUAGCAUUCACAAAAGAUGGAGAACGUUUAGUUGGUAUGCCAGCCAAGCGUCAAGCAGUUACAAAUUCAUCAAACACAUUCUAUGCUACAAAACGAUUAAUUGGACGAAAAUUUGAUGAUCCUGAAGUAAAAAAGGAUAUGAAAACUGUAACUUAUAAAAUUGUUCGAGCUUCCAAUGGAGACGCGUGGGUACAAGGAGGUGAUGGUAAAAUGUACUCCCCUAGUCAAAUUGGUGCAUUUGUACUCGUGAAAAUGAAGGAAACAGCUGAAGCAUAUUUAAAUACGCCAGUAAAAAAUGCUGUGAUCACUGUUCCUGCAUAUUUUAAUGAUUCACAAAGACAAGCAACAAAAGAUGCUGGUCAAAUCUCUGGCCUUAAUGUACUUAGAGUGAUUAACGAACCAACAGCAGCUGCUCUGGCAUAUGGCAUGGACAAAACAGAAGAUAAAAUCAUUGCAGUAUACGAUCUCGGAGGUGGUACAUUUGAUAUUUCUAUUUUGGAAAUUCAAAAAGGAGUCUUCGAAGUUAAGUCCACAAAUGGAGAUACAUUCUUAGGAGGAGAAGACUUUGAUAAUGCUUUAGUUAAUUAUCUUAUGAAAGAAUUUAAGAAAGAUCAAGGUAUAGAUAUAUCGAAAGAUGCAAUGGCUAUGCAGCGGUUGAAAGAAGCAGCUGAAAAGGCAAAGAUAGAAUUAUCUAGUUCCCUUCAAACUGAUAUAAAUUUGCCUUAUUUGACUAUGGAUGCCGGGGGACCGAAACAUUUAAACCUUAAACUUUCGAGAAGUAAAUUUGAAAGUCUUGUGGCCGAUUUAAUUAAGCGUACGAUUCAGCCAUGCCAAAAAGCACUUUCUGAUGCUGAAGUAUCAAAAUCUGACAUCGGAGAAGUGUUGUUAGUUGGUGGUAUGACAAGAGUACCUAAGGUUCAACAGACGGUGCAAGAAAUAUUUGGUAGACAGCCAUCAAAAGCUGUAAAUCCUGACGAAGCUGUAGCUGUUGGAGCUGCAGUACAAGGAGGUGUACUUGCUGGAGAUGUAACUGAUGUUCUUCUUUUGGAUGUCACGCCCCUUUCGCUUGGUAUCGAAACAUUGGGUGGCGUAUUUACAAGAUUAAUUUCACGAAAUACAACUAUUCCUACAAAGAAAAGUCAAGUAUUCUCUACAGCAGCUGAUGGGCAAACUCAGGUAGAAAUUAAAGUUCAUCAAGGUGAACGAGAAAUGGCUAACGAUAAUAAACUUCUGGGACAAUUUACUCUUGUUGGUAUUCCACCUGCUCCACGAGGGGUACCACAAAUAGAAGUUACAUUUGAUAUUGAUGCCAAUGGCAUCGUUCAUGUAUCCGCUAGGGAUAAAGGAACUGGGAAGGAACAACAAAUUGUUAUUCAAUCAAGUGGUGGCCUCAGUAAAGACGAAAUUGAGAAUAUGGUGAAGAAUGCUGAACAAUAUGCUAAGCAAGACAAAAUCAAGAAGGAUAGAGUUGAGGCUGUGAAUCAAGCUGAAGGAAUUAUCCAUGACACAGAAGCUAAAUUAGAAGAAUUCAAAGCGCAAUUACCACAGGACGAAUGUGACAAAUUGAGAGAAUUGGUUGCUAAAAUGCGAGAGACGUUGGCCAAGAAAGACGAUAUAGAGCCAGAGGAAAUUAAAAAGCAAACGAAUGAAUUGCAACAAGCAAGCCUUAAAUUGUUCGAGAUGGCGUAUAAGAAGAUGGCCGCGGAACGGGAAAGCCAAAGUCAACAAGAAGAUGGAGCUACAAAGAAGGAAGAAAAGAAUUAAUCACAUUUAAGACAACAUAUUCGGGCAAAACAAAUUUAUUGCACAGCUGUAGGAGCACCAAUGAAGAUCUUACAUGCUCAAACAAAGCACAUUGUCGCGUAACAGAUAACACAAUUCUAACAAAAACAAAAGGAUGUAUUAUUAGUAUUUUUGUUUUUGAGCAUGUGUGAUUGAGAAUGGUAAUAAUUAAUUUAAAAUUGAAGGGUGAAGUAUUGAUAAGACUCCUUCAGUCGAAUGGUUAUAAUGUGUAUCGCUUUAGAACUGCGUGAACAUUUUUAACUGUUUUAAGAAGGCCGUAAUGUGAAACAGCUUUAAAAACAUUUUGUUUUAUAAUUCGUACUACUGAUCGCUUAAAACUGAUGAACAUGGAAGAGUGAAGUGUUUUGCAUAGUAUAUAUUUAUUACACAUUCAAUUACAAUCUUGUGAGAGGAGGUCAAAUUGUAAAUUCUGUACAUAACUAUUUACAUUGACAUUGCUGUAAGCAGUUUCUUUAUCAUUAUGCGCGGGAAGCGUAAAAGUGUCAUACUUCGUGUCAGUUUUACUUGGCCUCAUACGAGAAUAACGAUGGAAAUUGGUAGCUCGACAUGUUGUCACAAUUAUGCAAAUCUGUAACUAUAGAAUUUUGUGGUAAUUCAUCCAGUAUGAAUGCGAACGGAUAAAAGUAAGAGCGAAUGAAAUGUAUGCUCGGUGCAAAACAAAUUAUUCUAUAGGACGUACGCGAUAUGUAGAGUAUGUUAGGAAGUAUUGUAUUAUGAUGUACCCAUGUUAUUAAAAUUUUUUAUUUGAAUUGCGAAA